AACCAAUAAUAAAAAGAGAGCUUCAUUUUAUAAGAUUUUUGGGAUAUCUCAUUUCUCUCUGUGAGCUAUAAUGCUUCUUCCCAAAACUUGGGCCUUUUCUCUCCCAUUCUAUUAUCUGUGUGUAUGCAUACAAAAAGACAAGCAUGUCUUUGUUCCUCCUAAGUCUUUUUCUCGUUUAUUAAAUGGGGUUUUUGGUUAAUGUCUUAUUGCCUCUCUAAUUUUUAUUUUACUUAAAAGGUUUUCCUGUAGGCUUUCUGUCUCUGUCAACUCUCUUCCAUAAGAUUUUCUUUGGAUAUACAGCUAUAUAUUAUUUUGUCUUGUUUACCUGCAUGAGUCUUUUUGUCUUGAGAUCUUAACAAACGCAUGAAUUGGGGAUCAAAAGCUUUUACAUUUGGUGCAUCUGUAACUUGAUGACUUUUGUACUUCAAUCAGGUUCAUAACAGUUUCCAAUGGAACCAAACUACAAGCAUUUCUACAAUCUUGGUCCCCAACCUCUUCCACCGAUCAAAAUCCUUGCAAACCAACUACCUCAUCCUACUUCAGAUUCUGCUUUUCCUAUACUAGCAAUUGCUGUGCUAAGUAUCAUGGCUAUAGCUUUCUUAUUAGCGAGCUAUUACAUCUUUGUCACCAAAUGCUGCUCAAAUUGGCACCAACUCAACAUUCUGAGAAGAUUUUCAAUCUUGCAAGCUCAACAAAACGAGGAUUCCUUCAUAGUCUUCUCUCCUACAAUGUGGAAUCGCGGCCUACACGAAUCGAUCAUCCGUGGGAUACCUACUUUUCAAUUCAAAGGAGGAGAAGUUGAAAACAGAAGUGUUUUUGGGUGUGUGGUGUGUUUGAAUGAGUUUCAAGUUCAUGAUACAUUAAGAGUUCUUCCAAAUUGCAGCCAUGCAUUUCACUUGGAUUGUAUUGAUAUAUGGCUCCAAAGCAAUGCCAAUUGCCCUCUUUGCAGAACAAGCAUUUCAGGCACAAUCAGAUGUCCCAUUGAUCAUAUCAUAGCACCAAGCUCUUCACCGCAAGCUUCUGAUGAUCAGCUUUUUUCCAAUAGCCUCAUGGGUAGUGAUGAAGAUUUUGUAGUGAUUGAAUUGGGUGAAGAAGAAGACCACGUCCUAUUUCCACAGAGGCAACAAGAAAGAAAUGAUUCUGGAGAGGUUUUGGUACAAACUAAAGGCCUGCAGUCACCAAGAAAGGUGGAGCACAAGGUUGGAAAAGCGAAACUAAGAAAGUGCCACCAUGGUUCAAUCAUGGGAGAUGAAUGCAUUGAUGUAAGAGAGAAGGAUGAUCAGUUCUCUAUUCAACCCAUCAGGAGAUCUUUCUCAUGGGACUCAGCCGCUGAUCGACAGCUCUACUUAACUGUUCAGGCAAUCAUUAAUCAGCAAAGUAAGCCUAAUAGUGAGGUGAGCACUAGUGGAGUAUCUGAUAGCAGAGUGAGAAGAUCAUUCUUUCCAUUUCGACAGGGAAGGGUAUCCAAAAAUGCAGUUCUUCCUACUGAGUGUGAUCUGUAAUAAAAGAUUUUAGAUUUUUACGUCAAAUUUCUUAUUUGGUUUUGUUUUUGAUUGAUUCUUAGUGUUUGGGUGGAGAGACUGGAAUUAUUGACUCAUUCUGCAAUAAUUACAUAACAUGAACUAGAGGAGUGUAGAAAUGAUGGGACGAUUUUAGGCUUGGGUUUGAGAAAAAUGGCUUGGGUUACUAUUGAUGGAGAUGUCAUUACCGGUUCGGUUGUGCUUCUCUACAUGUAUGAUCAUACGGUUUACUUUUAAUUUCCUCAUCUUCUUGCAUAUGUACAGCUUUCAUAAAAUGCGUAGCCAGAAUAGCUAUUGCUUUUGAGUUUUG